CAACAGAAAACAGACCUAUUGUCUCAUAUUUGCAUAUAAUUAUUUAGUGUCUAAUAAUUGCAUCUUCUAUACUUUUCGCAUUUAAGAUAAUACAUAUAAGGUAUCAGAGAGUUAUUUCGUAUUAAUAUAUAAUGCAGCGUCAUAUAUUUUGUGUUGUAGAGUUAUUCCACCAUGGCAAAGUCAGUUAUGACUGCACAGGAAUGGAAAGAGAAGGGUAAUGAAGAAUUUAGCAAAGGCAAUUGGUCAAAUGCCAUAAGUCACUACACAAACGGACUAAGACUAACGAAAGAGGACAACGCUGAGAAAGGAGUUUACUACAAAAAUCGGGCUGCAGUAUAUUUAAAGCUACACGAUUACAAGAAAGUGGUUGAAGACUGUGACAGUGCGUUAAAGAUAUGUUGUAACAAAGCACUGUAUCGCAGAUGUCAAGCAUUAGAAGCGUUAGAGAGAUUCGAGGAGGCGCAUCGGGACGCGGAGGUCAUUAUUUCAUCUGACCCCAAUAACAAAGUUGUUCAGCCCGUAGCGACGCGCUUACUUGAAAUUGUACAAGAACGUAGUAAGGAAAAUGUAUCACAAAUUCUGGAUUUAGCAUUUAACGUGAGUGCAGAUAACGACAAACGUGAAACCGCUAUGAACAAUCUGCUUGUGCUCGCACGUGAGAGAGCUGGUGCUGAAGAGAUCUUCAAAAAGGAAGGCGUAUCUAAAAUCAUUCAACUUGUGAAAGUGGAAAAGAACGAAAAAGUGAUCUGUACUGCGAUUCGCAUUAUAGGCGAAUUAUGCAAAAACAAUAUUAAUCGAACCGAGUCCGUUGCGAAAUUCGUCGGCUUGCCUUGGUGUCUGGAAAUAAUGAACAGCACAUCUGUACAGAUAGUUAAUGCGUCUCAAUAUUGUUUACAGGUAAAUAUCGA